AUGCUUUCGAGUUCACAGCAAGCUGAAAUAAGGCAACAUUUUAGAGAUGAUUGUCAAGGAGAUGCCGAUGAGGGAGCCAAAAAACCUGAAAAAAGAAAACCAAAUUUCAUUCGAUUUGGUAGAACUGCAUCAAUAAUGUAUGGAAAAAAAGACGCUGAUCCGAAUUUUUUACAAUUUGAACGUUUAUCAAGCGCAUUCGGCGGACAAAAUUUUUUUCGAUUUGAAAGAGCAGCUGAACCAAAUUUUCUUCGUUUUGGUCGCGUGACAGAUCCAAAUUUCUUAAGAUUUGGCAAAUCUACUGAACCAAAUUUCCUUCGAUUUGGGAAACGUUUUGAAAUGAGAGACCCAAACUUUUUGCGAUUCGGAAGAAAUAAUUCCUUGCAACCCAGUCAAGAACAUAAGGAAAGAUUCAACCGCGAAGAUCGAAAGCCUAAUUUUCUACGCUUUGGUAAAUAA